AUGAAGGCCGCUCCGUUGCUCGUGGCCUGGCACGACAACAACGAUCCCAUCUACUCGGCUCAUUUCGAACCACAUGGGAAGGGCAGACUGGCCACUGCUGGUGGUGACUCCAACGUCCGACUCUGGAGCAUCGAGACGACCGGAGACGAACGCAAGGUUAAGUAUCUGUCAACACUAAAAAAGCACACACAAGCUGUCAAUGUUGUGAGAUGGUGUCCGAGAGGCGAGCUACUGGCUUCGGCCGGCGACGAUGGAAACGUGCUACUGUGGACACCUACCGAGAAUCCCGCCUACACCUCCAGCCUCAACGAAGACGGCCUAGAAGAUACGGAACAUUGGAGGGUGAAGACAAUGUGCAGAUCGAGCAGUGGCUCAGAGAUCUACGACCUUGCUUGGUCGCCUGAUGGCAUGUUCUUCAUCACGGGCAGCAUGGACAACGUAGCAAGGAUAUACAAUGCUAAUACCGGCCAAACUGUACGCCAAAUCGCAGAACACAAUCACUACGUUCAAGGCGUGGCUUGGGACCCGCUGAACGAGUAUGUGGCUACUCAAUCAUCCGACCGUUCCGUACAUAUCUACAACCUCAAGACCAAGGAUGGGCAGUUCUCCCUCAGCCAGCACAACAAGGUCACGAAGAUGGAUCUACCUGGACGAAGGAUAUCAUCUAACAGCCCAGCUCCUCCUGACUUCGGGCUUGGAAAUCAUCGAGCUGCCUUCGUGCAGGACAUCACAUCAGAAGCCGUUGGUUCACCGAAACCGUCUGCUCCCGGAACACCACAGUCAUUGGCACUUCCAAUGAACCCUCCACCGACAUCGCACAGCCGUCGUUCCUCCUUCGGCUCACAAUCAGUACGAAGAUCUGUCUCGCCCAGCCCUUCGAUGCCGCUACCUGCCGUCAUGCCAUCUGCAUCACCAAGUCUGGCCGGUGGCAUUGGCUUGGGCGUUCGAAACACCAACAUCUAUGCCAACGAGACCUUCACCUCUUUCUUCAGACGCCUUACUUUCGCCCCAGAUGGAAGUCUGUUGUUCACACCGGCUGGGCAAUACAAAACGACGCAUCCGGCUCCUGAUGGUGGCAAGGGCACCGACGAGAUCAUCAACACUGUCUACAUCUACACACGAGCUGGUCUGAAUCGACCUCCAGUGGCCUACCUCCCCGGUCACAAGAAGCCCUCAAUAGCUGUCAAAUGCUCGCCAAUCUACUACCAAAUUCGAUCUGCUCCUGUGGAAACCAAGGAAAUCACGAUAGACACCCGAACAGAAGAGGAUAUUGCGCCGCUCCCAGAACCCGUCAUGCCUUCAAAGCCUGCUUCAAAUGCGUCGAUGGAUCCUCCGCCUCUCUUCAACGCUCCCUCACCCUCGCCAAGUGUAGCAGCCAUGGCUUCACCUCGACCUCGCACUGACUCCGAAUCAAACCCACCGACGCCUGCACCGCCACCUGGACCAACACCUGCACUUGGACUGCCGUAUCGAAUGAUCUAUGCUGUUGCAACGCAAGACGCGGUCCAUCUUUACGACACACAGCAGACCAAGCCUCUGUGUGUGGUGAGCAAUUUGCACUAUGCAACGUUCACUGACUUGAGCUGGUCCGCCGACGGUCUCACCUUGCUCAUGACAUCUUCAGAUGGCUUUUGCUCAGCACUAACAUUCUCAUCUGGUGAGCUGGGCACUGUGUAUCAAGGGCCUUUGGCAACCGCUUCACGACCCAGUCCUGCGCCGAUCUCCGUUGCGAAGGCAAACUCUACAACAUCCACACCGCAGCCUACGCCGACAGGUUCGGCAGCAGUGUCACAGGCAACCGCACCACCUGCACGACCCCCCUCUACUAGCAACCCACCAAGUGCCCACCCUACCCCAGCCCUUCAAGCGGCAUCACCUUCACCAUUCACAGCACAACCGGUGCCUUCAGGAGGACGUCCAGCCUCUCCGGCAAGAAGUAUGUCACAAUCGAGCAUAGCCACCGAGGCCAGCUUCGCGAGAGUCCCAGAUCAGAAUCCACCACCUGUAAUGAACAAUCCGACGCCCUCCAUGGGAUCUGUACCAGGACUCGCCGCCACAGGGUCUUCGAACCCUUCAGGCUCGUCUGUACCGCUGUUCACUCCACCACAAACGCCAGGGCAAGGACAUCUGAAUGGCUCUGCGGCUGUUGCACCACCUCCUGCGGCCGGGAUCAAGAGGGAGAGUGUCACAAGCAACACUGCGGAAGAAGAGCAAGGAAGAGAAAAAAGGAGACGAAUAGCGCCUACACCAGUCACGGAGGGCGAUGUGCCUGUGGUGCCGCCUGCUCCAGCAGACUCGAAUGGAGACAGCAAGUAA